CCUCCCCUGCGUGGUUUUGGCACCCAAGGCAAAGCACAACGCUCACUCCAAGCAUUUGGAGUGCCAUGGCCAUGGAGCUAGCAAGUGGUCCACCCGCAGCUGCGCCCUUUGGGCGCACGGUUCCGCUGAGGUGUGCCCGAUCUACUCGCAGACUAGAGGGAUGCCGGGUUCAGACCACAAGCGUUGUGGCAGUGGCGCUGGCUUACCAGUCACGGCAGCGUCGGCUCCGGGCGCGCGUGGAGAGAGCUCAGGCCUCUCCCAGGGACGUGUCUCUGGUGGAGGAUAUCUCAGGGGAGGAAGUUGAGGCUGAGGCUGAUGAAGAUCUUCCAACAGAGCUGGACGCCAUGAUCAGCGAACUCCGAGAUCUGGAGGCCUCUCGUCCAAGGGCUGACGCUGAAGCUGUGGCAGAUGGCGAGGAGAGCGAUGGCACUGAGGCCAUCAGCAUUCAGGAGAUUGAUCGAAGUGGGCAAGUUGCCGUUCUUGGCGUGCCCAAUUCCGGCAAGUCUUCGCUUGUCAAUGAGCUGGUCGGUACCAAGGUCUCAAUUGUGUCGCCAAAGCCCCAAACAACGCGACAACGCAUCUUGGGUCUUGCCUUGUUGUCUCCUCGACCUGGCAUGCCGCCGACUACACAAGCUGUGUUUGCAGACACAGCUGGCAUCAUGGAGAUGGGUCAGGAGGUUUCCGAGUUUGGUUUCAGGCACAAGCGAAAGCGCUUGUUUCGUCAGAAUCGCCUGCACAAGGCCAUGGUCAAAACAGCUUGGAAGCAGACGCGGGCAUCCGACGCGGUCUUUUGGGUGCUUGAUGCCUCCAAAUGCUACAUGUAUGGCGACUACAUGCCACCUUGUCCCGAGUUGGAUGGUGUUGCCAUUGGUGCUCCCGUUGCGGAUCCUUGGUGGCUCCAUCCAGAGCUCGCCGAAGAGUUGGCAUUUCUUCGAAAGCUUCGGCGCUUGAAGCUGAAGGUCAGUGUUGUUCUCAACAAAAUGGACCUCUUAGAAGAGAGGGACAUCGACACCGAAGAGUUCACGCUGCAAAUGCGGGAGCGGCUAUCAGAGGACUUGGGGACUCGCCAGGAUGGGGAGGAAGUUCUGGACAACAUGUGGGCUACAUCGGUUCUGAAGGAUCCUGCCUCUCUGGCACCAAUCAAGAGGUGGCUUUGUGAGAAUCUUCCCAAACAAAGUCCCAUCUACCCUCUGGACAACAUCAGCGAUGUGCCUGCUCGCGUGGCGGCAUCUGAAAUCACUCGAGAGAAGCUGUUCAGUGUCCUUCGUGAGGAAGUGCCCUACCACUUGACAGUGGUCAAUGCGGUGUGGCAGCAAGAGCCGGACGGCACACUCUUGCUUGGCCAAAGGGUUGUUGUGAUGAGCGAGGGACAGAGAAAGAUUGUCCAAGCCUGGAGUUACGGCAGAUUACGGAGGAUGCGGAGAGAGAUAUAUCAGAGACGAUAAAUGCCGACAGGCCAGUUCAAUUGCACUUCCAGGUCCAGGUUGACCCUAAGUGGCCGGAGAACGAGGAGUACUAUGAAGACCUGCAGGGUCUCCUGGAUCGCAGCGGUUCGCUACAAUUUCCUCAGUAGGUUGCGAGGUCCUUAGCCGUCGAGAUGGCCGAAUGGCCCAGAGGGCAUGAGGGCAGGGCAGAAGUCACCGGCCAGUGUGAACAAAGCGAUGAUUUCACGGCUGUGACAAGUAGCUCCUGUAUUCGCCGGAGCGUUUCCUA